AUGUGUCCUGCAAUGAAUGAAAUUGAAGGACACAUUUAAAAAAAAUAUAUAUAUAUAUAAUUAUAAUAUAAUAAUAAUAAUAAAAUAAAUAGCUCUAAAAAUAUAUGUAUCAGAUUAACCCAGUGUUUUCCAUGAAAGCACAUUGGAUGGAUUUGUUUUCUUUGAUAAACAGUGACUCAACUCUAAGAGACAAUUUCUGAAUGUGAAAAAGACAAAAAAAUAAAUAAAUACAAAAUAAAAUACUUGCGUAUAUUGUGUAUUAUCGUGAAAUAUAAAACUGACAUAUCCUCUGCCUGUUUAUUCACUGAGUGACAGGAAGUUCUACUUAUCUCUCUUCAUUGGGAGCAAAUGAAACCGCUGCAGGAUUUGACCAUGGAGCAAAGGUUUUGUCUUGCCUAAUUCAGGCUUGUUGUCAUUUGCACUUUGCGUCAGCUGGUUUGUGGACCCAGGCAGACUUUUAUUUCACGGCUAAAGGAUCCACAUAAUACAAAGAUAAUGGACAGGAACUUGGGCCUGACUCUCCUCCUGGUGCUGCUUCUGUGUCAUAAAGGCAACUCUGAGUCUCUUUGUCCAUACAAAUGUCAGUGUUUCACUCCGGUACAAGUCUUUUGUGCUGAUGAAAGGUUAAUGGCUUUACCCAGCAAUAUGUCCACGCAGGUGGAGGACUUUAUUUUAAUGAUAUCAUCUGUGUCGUACCUGUUCACUCAUACUUUCAAGGAAAGCCCACAGCUCACCAAGCUCGUCUUCCUUAAUAAUACACUGAUAAGUAUUCACGCUAUGGCAUUUGAGAGUCUGACUGAGCUGCAGGAACUGGAGAUCAGUGGGAACCCCUCGCUGGAGAACUUAUUUCUGGAGACGUUUUCGAAGCAGAGAAAAUUGAUUAAGCUGUUCCUCAACCACAACGGGUUGAAGACGGUGCCUCCAGGUACGUUUGACUCCUUGACACAGCUACAGACUCUGCAAAUGAAGGGCAACAUCAUCUCCUAUCUGCCCACAUUUCUUUUCCUGCACCUCCACAAGUUGCGCGUCUUGGACUUGUCUCAAAAUAAGCUUACAGGAGUCACAAGGGAGACCUUUUCUGGUCUGUCUGGGCUGGAGAUCCUGAAAUUGAACAACAACUUCAUUAGCAACCUCACAUCCGACAUGUUCCACAAUAUGUCUCAGCUGACGGAGCUUCACAUGGAGUGGAACAAGAUAGCACAACUCAGUGACGAUGUCUUCUCUAUGUUACCCAGCCUUAAGGUGCUGAACCUCCGUGGAAACCUUCUGACAACGUUCAGCGAAAAGGUGUUUGGGUUCCAACCUUCAAAUCUGAGUGAACUUAAUUUAAAAGGCAACAGACUGACUCAGUUGUCCUCUCUAAGUAGUCUGACCUCACUUGCCGACAUCGACUUGUCCUCUAACCGACUCUCCAUGCUUCCUGAAGACAUUUUUCUAAACAUUACAUUCCUCGAGACUAUUGAUGUUUCUGAAAAUCAGCUCACCUCAUUACCUGAAAGGAUAUUUAAUGAUCUGUUCAUCAUCAAGUCACUCUACCUCCACAGGAACAACCUGACCAAACUGGACACCCAACUGUUCAGGGAUCAGUCUUUCUUACAGCAGCUCUACCUGUCUGAAAACCAGCUGGAAACUCUCCCGCCGGGCCUUUUAGAUCCUUUUAUAUUCCAGCCCACCCUGAGGCUGCACGGAAACCCCUGGAAAUGUGACUGCCAGAUACGGUACCUGCAUGACUGGGUGCUGAGCAGCAGCCGAGACAUAGAGAUGUUGGACAGGGUGCUCUGCGGGAGCCCUGGCUACCUGAGAAAUCACGCGGUUGCCUCCAUCGACGAGAACCAGCUGGUGUGUCAGAUGUCCAAAGAUGAGCAUGUGCAGGAUCUCAGCACCUGCAGGCUCCAAGCCUCCAACGACACCUUCAUCAUCAAAUGUAAAGUGGACAAAUGUUCUCCGCACACAGUGAAGGUGCAGUUUCAGGAGGAGGACGGCAGCAUUAAGGAGCACAUUGUGAAAAACGAGGUCGAUCACUCUCAGUGUACCAGCAACAAGACAACAACCAUUCAGUAGUUUUUAAAAGACUUUUUUCUGUGUCACAUUAUAUGUUCAGACUGUUGCAGUCAAUACUGUAAACAAACCUCACCAGCUGAUAACCAGUAUACAUAAAUGCUGCUCAAUGAUAACAGGGGUGGAUGAACCUUUUUUUUUUUAAAAGAAAAAAAAAGAUUCAAAGUUCAACUUGUUAUUUUUUAAGAUCCUAAAAGGAACAAUGAGUAACAUGUCAAACAUCAGCUAACAACGUAAUUUGUCCUCAUGCCAGCUGGGGGUCGACAAAUGUUUGAAUGUGCAGUUUUGGAACGGUUUCACAUUAAAAAAAGAAAAAAGUCGGUAAAAUGAAA